AGGAAGGUUUGAAUUUCAAAAGGAGCGGUCUUUCUAUUGCCUCGUACAAACAUUAUAAACAGCUCCACAGUCCUUUAGUCUCCAAACCUGUUCGGUGGUUUUGAGAUUCUCAAAGCAAGCACUGAAGAAGAAUAAGAAAGAAGAAGAAGAUGUUGACUCCCAAAUCCAAUGACAACGCCAACACCUAUGAAGAGGCCCGCAAGCAACGCCUUGAAGAAAACAAGAAGAGAUUUGAGGAUUUGGGAAUUGCAAGUGUUUCAAAAGGUCUGACUGAACUAACAAAUUCUGAGAAGAAAUCCCAGCAAGGACAGCUUCCAAAACCCAGAUCAAAGACUGCUUUCGCGGUGGAACCGAGACGGUCUACUCGCGUGCGCAACCCGGUUCAGACUUAUCGCUAUGACGUUGACAUGGAACUCCCGUUUUCUCGGAAGAAGUCAAGAUCAAAAUCAUCAUCUUGGGCAAGCUACCUUGCAAGGCCUAUAGAAGAAGUCAAAUUAGCUAGCUAUGAAGAAAGAACUUAUGCUUUUAAAGCUGCAGAAGAGCUUCAAAAGAAUCUAAAAUCAGACAAUCCAUGCUUUGUCAAAUCGAUGGUUCGCUCUCAUGUUUAUAGUUGUUUUUGGUUGGGCCUUCCUUUAAGAUUUUGUAAGGAUCAUCUUCCCAAAAAAACUGUUGAUAUGGAAUUAGAGAAUGAAGAUGGAAAGGUAUAUGAUGCUGUUUACAUUGGGGAAAGAUCCGGGCUCAGUGGCGGUUGGAGAGCAUUUGCUUUGGAGCACAAGUUGGACGAUGGCGACGCUCUUGUGUUUGAGUUGGUCGAACCUUGUAGGUUUAAGAUAUACAUAGUUAGAGUAUCCAUGCUUUCAAGUCAAGAAUGUAACACAAAUAUGAACGACAAAGAAAAUAACACCGGUGCUAAAAAGAAACCGAAGAGGACAAUGAAGUCGGGGGAUGCUCUUGCGAAAAAUGAUGGCUUAGUAAAUUCAGAUGAAGUGAAACAAGAUGCUAGUCUAGUUUCUAAAGGAGUUGAGAAGGAUAGAGGUGACUCAAAAACUAGUGAAACUUGUAGGAAAACGGAGCCAAAAUGCUUGCCUCGGAGAUCAACAAGAAAGCCAACUCCCAAGAGAGCACAGCAGAAGUGAAAGAUAGACAGAACAUCCAUUUCGUGCAUUUGUAUAACAAUGGGACUUGGUUGACACUUUUGUCUCUCUAUGAAAAAAAAAUUCGUACUUUUUUCUUUUUGAAUCCAAGCAAAUUUCAUGCUAGAAGUAUGUUCUUGGUACAUGCGUAAUCAACCAUGUAUAUAUUGUAGCGACCUUUUUAAU